AUGUCAGAAGAUUUGAGUGACUUUGAAUAUGAUUCAUAUGAAUCAUUCAGCGAGGAUGACUCUGAUAGUAUAAGUGAUCAAGAGGGACAAUUAUCUGAUUAUCAUUUAGAUGAUAAUAGAAGUUUUAAUUUUGCCCCAUCAACAACAACAACAGCUACAUCAGCAACAACAACAACAACAACAAUGACACCGAUAACAGAUAAUAACAAUUUUAAUAAUAAUAAUAAUAAUAAUAGAACUAGAUUUUUUAGUUUUAACUCAACAAUAACUAAUAAUAAUAAUAAUAAUAAUAAUAAUAAUAAUAAUAAUAAUAAUAAUAAUAAUAAUAAUAAUAAUAAUAAUAAUAAUAAUAAUAAUAAUAAUAAUAAUAAUAAUAAUAAUAAUAAUAAUAAUAAUAAUAAUAAUAAUAAUAAUAAUAAUAAUGAUAUAACUAAAUUAAAUAGAUUUGAUGAAAAAUUUUAUGAAAUUGGUAAAAAUAAUCAAUUAAAAGAACAAACACUCGUAAAUUAUCUUUUUGAAAUUAUUAAAGUAAUAGAUCAAAGAUAUGAAAGACUUUUAUUUCAUAAAAUCGUUCAAUAUAGAAUGAAAUUUGAUAUGUAUUCUAAAAAUUGUGAAAAUCAUCAUCAACAACAACGACAAGAACGACAACAAAUUAAUAAUAAUUUAAAAAUAAUUAAAAUCAAUAUAAUAUUUAAUCAAUUUUCAUUUAAUUAUUUAAAAUCAUUAUAUUUAAUAAAUAAUAAUAAAUUACCAUCCAAUCAAUCAUCAAAAUCAACUAAUAGUAGAAAAGUUGAUGAUAAUUUUAUAGAGAGAAAUGAUUUUUAUCAAAACUAUGAUCAAUUAGUUAGAGAAGAAGAAGAAGAAGAAGAACAAGAAGAAAAUGAAAAUAAAAAUUUAAAAAAUUCAAUGCAUUGUAUAUUAUUACAUUGUAUUAAUUGGAAUCAAGAUUUAGUAUUACCACAAUUUGAAUUUUUAGUAGAGUUAAGUUUAAUAGAUUCGAAUAUUUCAAAUAUUAAAGCGCAAUUAGGUAAUUUAAAACAAUUGAAAUAUUUAAAUUUAACUAGGAAUCGAUUAUCAACAAGUGAUAGUUUAAUUGGUCUAAGAGAAUUUAAAGAUUUACAAUACUUAAUUUUAGAUCAAAAUCCAAUCUCAACAAUAACUCAUAAUACAUUUAGUAAAUUAAUAAAUUUAAAGGUUUUAUCAUUAAUUAAAACAAAUUUAUUUUGUUUAAUACCAACUUGGAUUGCAUUAAGAUCAAAUAAGAAUUUAAUUCAUUUAUAUUUUAAAGAAGAUGACAAUUAUAAUUAUAAUAAUAAUAAUAAUAAUAAUAAUAAUAAUAAUAAUAAUAAUAAUAAUAAUAAUAAUAAUAAUAAUAAUAAUAAUAAUAAUAAUAAUAAUAAUAAUAAUAAUAAUAAUAAUCAUAAUAAUAAUCAAAAUUAUAAUAAUCAAAAUUAUAAUUUAUUUAGUACAAGUAAAUCAAUUGGAUUUUGGAAAAAAUCAGUUUUAUCAACUGCAUCCUCAAGAAUAUUAAUAUCAUCAGCUGAUCAAUUACCAAUUUAUUUAAAUAAUAAAUAUUAUAGAGAAUAUUUUAUAACAAUGUUUGGUAAUCAAUUAAAAUCAUUAGAUGGUAAAAUAAUUGAUGAAAUUGAAAGAAAAUAUUCAAAAGAAAUUGUUAAUAAAAAUUUCAUUUUUCCAAAUAAUAAUAAUAAUAAUAAUAAUGAUAAAUCUGAAAUAUCAAUUUGUAGAUCACCAAAUCAAUUUAGAGAGAUUAAUAAAUUAUUAAUAAAUUGUGAAAUUAAAGAUUCAUUUAAUAAUACAAAUAAAUAUAGAAAUAAAUUAAUAAAUAAGAAAAUCUUAAUAAGUUCAAAUUUUUAUAAUAAGAAUCCAAUAAUUAAAGAUAUAAAAACUGUAAGAUAUCCAAGACAAAUUGAAUAUCAUCCAAAUUUAGAUGGUAUAUUAGUUGUUGGUUCAAUUGAUGGUUUUAUUGAAGUUUUAGAUUUACAUUCAAUUAAUGAUGAAAAUAAUAAUAAUUCAGAUUAUGAAGGUAGUUUUUAUUCUUAUUUAAAGAAUCAGUUAAGAUCAUUAUCAUUAAAUCCUCAAACAUUACCAUCACCAUCGGCAUCAUCGUCAUCAUUAUCAUCAUCAUUACCAUUAAGAAAACCACCAUUAUUUUCAAGUUCAAUUAAUGGUAAUGGUAAUAUAUUAGGUUUAUCAUGGAUGAAAGAAUCUUCAAAUACAAAAUUCUUAGUUGGUACAGAGAAUGGUAUCAUUCAAUUGAUUGAUUUUUCAAAGAGUGUAAAUGAAUCAAUGAUUGCUCAAUAUCCAAUAUAUCCAAGAUUAACCUCAUUACAUAGUAAUUGUAAUUCAAGUUCAUUCAUAACUAGUGGUUCAAAUGAUUUCAUUUCAAUCUAUGAUAUUGAAAGACAAUCCUUAAUUGGUAAUAUCAAAAAAGCUCAUACCAAUAAAAUCAAUGUUGUAAAAUAUUCAAAUUCUGAUCCAUUUCAAUUCGUUUCAUCAUCAUUUGAUGGUAGUAUUAAAAAAUGGGAUACUAGAAGAUCAUUUAAAGAUGGUGCAAUUUGGUCUACCUCUGGUUAUGGUAAGGUUGUAAUGACAAUUUAUUCACCAGAUGAUUGCAAUCUAUUGGUAUCUUGUUAUGAUAAUAAUAUCUCUCAAUUGGAUAGCAGUGAUGGUAGACAAUUAUUAAAAUUUGAUUUACCACAAACUCAAAAAACUUAUAAUUAUUCUCGUUCCUAUUAUAAUGGUGAUGGUUCUUUAGCUUUGGUAGGUUCUUGUGAAGAAAAUUGUGUUAGAAUUUUCGAUUCAAAAUCUGGUAAAACUUUUAGAGAUAUUUUAAUGAUAAAUGAUGAUCAUGAUGAUUAUCUCAAUUAUAAUUGUAAUAGUAAUAAUAUAUUGUCUUCUUUAUUUCCAAAUUCCUUUAAUAUAAAAGGUGUUUUAUCAUUACGUUGUGAUCCAUUUUCAAAUUCUUUUUCAAUGAUUAAAACUGGUUUAUCAAGAUUAUAUAAUGUUACUUUUCAAGAUGAUGAAGAAAUUUUUUUUUAA